AACCUUGCUGGAGCAUCAACUUCUCCAGGAAGCCUUGCCUGGUUUUAGCUCUCUCCUGACAGUCAGUUCCUCCUUCCGCUCUCACCCCGGCGGCUUGAACAUAUCUCUUGUUGCAUUUGUGGUAAUGACCUCAUUCCUCCUGAAGCUCCCUGAGUGCCAGGACCAUUUCUGAGUCAUUUCUGCAUCUCAGGCCAGACCCAAGUACACACUCAGUGAGUGUUUGUAGAUUGACUGGGGCGCAUAUGGUGGAACUUUGGCAAAAACUGUGUCCUUUGGGCACCCAGUGGUUUCUGGGGGCACACUGAUAUUUGGUUCCUGGCCCCCAGGGACCUGCCUCUCAGUGAUCCUCUGCCCUGGACUUGAAGAAGUCAGACUUACCUUGGGCGAGGUGCUGAGCCUCUCUGAGCUGGAUUAGUGGCCUGGACCUGUGGCCAGGAGAGGGGAGGCGGACCCUGCUGGCGGGGGCCAGCUCAGCAGAAAGACCUCCCUCUGGAGGUCCAGCCACCCAGCCCCGUUUGAUCCCAGGUCUGGAGGUGCAGAGCCUACACUUGAAGGAGGCCAGCAAAGAGGGCUAUGUGGUCACGAUGCCCCAUGGGCAUCCGGAGGGGCCCAGCCACAUCCGCAUCCCCGCAAGUGAAGUGAAGCAGCUCCUCGGGAAAGGCCUCUCCAGAGUCACCGUGAUCCACAGCUGGUUCAGCUCGAGUGUCUUCCAGCACACCCUAGGGGAUCCUGGCCUAGAGCCCCAGGCCUCUCACAGCUCAGAAGAGGCAAGCAAGACACAGAGGUUUCUAAGCACCCGGGUGGGCUCAGCCAUCAUCUCCUCUGAGGUAUGGGAUGAAACCGGGGAGGUCAGCAAGGCCGUGACCUUUCACCUACAGCACCAGGCCCAGGCCUUCCCACAGAAACUGGUGGAGCCUGUCUGUGCUUUCUGGAACUUCAGUAGCGGCCCAGACACAGGGCUCUCGUGGGCCCCUACUGGCUGUUCUGUGGCCACCGUGUACGAGGACUCGACUGCCUGCUUCUGCAACCACAGCACCAACUUUGCUGUCCUGUUGCAGGUGUAUGACGUCCAGGUCCGGAGCGCCCUGCAGAGGAUGACGGAGAAAAAGACAACAGAGGCCUUCACGGUGGGUGUGGGCAGCCCGAAGACAUUUGGCUGUUAG